CAUAAUGUUCAUAUCUGCACCUCCGCACCUCAGCCCUUUCCUUCCAUUUCAAUCUAGCAUUCCAUGUGUAUAAUUAUCUCUCUAAUACGCCAACUAUUGAGCAAUAUGGCUGACCACGUGUACGACUGGCUGCAAGCUAAAGCCAUGGGUUGGAUCCCUAGCCCACCUGUCAACAAAAUUGAUACCCACCAUCAUUUCGUGCCAGACUUCUAUGCUAAAGCUGUCACAGAAGCCGGAGGGGACCCUAGCGGUUGGCCAACACCACGAUGGACGCCUUUGAGCUCUGAGCUUGUAAUGAAACGUCUUGGUAUCAAAAGAGCGAUCCUCUCCUGUACGGCGCCUGGAGCAUGCAUCCUCGAAGGACAAGCAUCAUACGAUCUGGCACGUCAAUUGAAUUUAUAUGCAGCUAAUCUCCGUAAUAAGCAACCCGACAAGUUUGGUUUUUUUGCCAACCUCCCGAGCUUAAUCGAUACAGAGGCUGCGUUAGCAGAGCUAAGAUUCGCCCUCGACACGCUAAAGGCCGACGGAGUGGUGAUAUUUACGCGCUACGGAGAUGCUAACACAUACUUGGGCCAUCCUGUUCUAGAGCCUAUUUGGGCAGAGUUUCACAAGCGCAAGGUCGUGGUCUUUGUUCAUCCUACACACCCUGUUGACACGGCCAAAGUGAACGAUAAGCUACUACAGCCUAUGAUCGACUACCCCCACGAGACAACGCGUGCGGCUAUGGAUAUGAUUAUGAUGGGCACGCGCCAGAAGUAUUCAGACUGCAAGGUCAUUUUGUCGCACGCUGGUGGUGCGCUACCCUACCUGAUCAGCCGGUGUGCUACACCAUUGCGCAAGGCCCCUGGCGUUGCUGCUUCCUACGUGACUGGCACUACGUACGAGAAGGUGAUGCAAGACUUUCGCAGCAUGUAUUACGAUGUGGCGCUCUCAGCAAGCCCACAGGUUCUAGACAUGCUGUUUAAGAUGGUUCCUCAUGACCACAUAUUGUAUGGGAGCGAUUUUCCCUAUGCUCCUCCUCCGGCCUAUCCUGCAUUCAUCGAAGACCUUGAGAGCUAUGAGAUGGAUUCCGAAAAAAGGGAUAAGAUCAAUUCUAAGAAUGCGACGGCGCUGUUUCAAGGAUUGGAGGAGGAAUAG